AAUCAGAAGCCACGCUGAGUCACGGUAGGUGUCGGUGCAGGAACAGGGUGCUGCUGCUGUCAGUUAUUUCGGUAAGUCUGGAAAAGAAACUCUAAAUGAACAUUUUAAUGGUCACUUUAGAAAAGUUCUUAUUUGGUGCUCGCUGUUACUCUUACAUGAUGUGCGGGUGUGCAAUGCACGCGGGUGUAUGUUCGCAGCUAGAGCUAGCUAGCCAAUCCAGCAGAUUAGCUCCCUAUGAUCCUCGAACCCUGACAGAUUAGCAGCUAGCUGUUAGCAUGUUAGCCUCGGCAGACAUGAAUCAGCUGAUGGGCGUGUUUCCUCUCUUACAGUUAGCUGAUGCCAGCUGCGGGCUGCUUACCUGUACGGUCCGCUGAGAGGGCUGACAGGUGAUCGUUAGCUUCACUGAUGUUUAAUAGCUUGAACCUUUUGUAACCUGACAUCUCUCGGUCAUGUAGACUGGUUAAACAGGGAUCAUCAGGCUAACAUGUGGUCACCUCACUGAAACAAAUAUUGUUACUUGAAUUAUUAAGCUGUGGACAGGUGUAGUAAAGACACACUCAGGUGUGUUUGACUGUGUAAUGUUACACCUGUGUGAUUUUAAUCUGCUUUUAAUCGAACUGAGCGUAAUCAGAGUCUCAGUCACACAGAUUAACAUGUUUAUAUGUGUAUAAAUGGUGAUUUUAUCUAUAGUUGUAUAUAUUCACACAUUUAUAUUGACAAACUUAUCUCAUUACAUUAAUCAAGUUGUGAAAAAGCCACUUUUUCAUCAUUUCAUCCAGCAGGUAAACUUAUACAUUCUGAUAAUUGUGACUUUCAAUAUUAUUAUUUUUUUGUUUUUUUUCAGAUGAUGGUUUAUAACUGGUGAAUUCAAUAAACCACAUGAUAAUUUUUUUUUUUGAACAAUCAAAACAAUUUAAAAUCACUCAAAUUUCCACCCUCUGAAAAGUAUGUUCAUUCAGAGUUUAGUCAGGGCUCUCUUUCCUUGAGUUCCUGCCUCAGUGUGGCGCAGCAUGGAGGUGAUCGACCUGUUGCUCUUGCUGAGGUAUGACUGAUCUGAUCAUGCUCAGUAACACCACAGUCAGCAAACCAUUUGGUAGGAGUUAUGGGGCUGUGGACCAGUGCUAAAUCCUGUUUCAGGUUAUGAGCUGGUCUGUACUUAUGGGCAGAGUGUUCUCAUCAUCCUCUUGACAAAUAUUGCACAGUGGAAACUUCCUGAUGGACUUAAAGCACCUUGGAUUCUGGACCUUGAUUUCAUAGUGAGAUGCUACAUUGGUUUUAAUCUGAAAACAGGACUUUGGACCACUAAGCUACAGUCUAGUUCUUUUUCUUCUUAGUUCAGGUGAGACUCUCUGAUGUUGUCUCCAGUUCAGGAGGGUCUUGACUGCAGGAACACUUGUAAUCCAUUUCUUGGACUCGUCUGUGUGUAGAGGUUCUUGAUGGUCUGACUCCAGACUCAGUCCAGUCCUUGUGAAGCUCCUCCAAGGUCUUGAAUCUUCUUUGUCAGUCCUCUCCAGGCUGCUCUCAUCCCUGUUUCUUGGUCUUCUUUUCCUCCCUCACUUUUCCCUUCAGUCAGCUUUCAUGAAUCUGCUUCAUACAGACUCUGUGAACUGCCAGACUUUCAACAGGGACCCUGUGGCUGACCCUCCUUGUGGACGGGGACCCAUGAUAGUCUUCAGUCUGAACCAUAAUGGUGGUUGUGUGAACUGAACUGAACUGAAACAUUUACAUAUAAUUUGUUUAAUAUCUAUCGUUUCCUUUUUUAACUGUGAGUCAUUGUUUUUAAAAUUAGAUCCAAAAAUGCUUAAAAUACUCAGCACACAUAUAGACACACACACAUGCACACAUGCGCAUACACUUGCAAACAUGAGAGCAACACAAAUUGGAGUCCGAACAUCUCUUUACCAACUUAAAUCCAUGGUUUGUGUCAGUCAGACAGUAUCACCGCUGCAGUAAUGUUUAGCAGCAGCUGGGCUCAUAAGUUGUGUGUGUGUGUGUGUGUGUGUGUGUGUGUGUGUGUGUGUGUGUGUGUGUGUGUGUGUGUGUGUGUGUGUGUGUGUGUGUGUGUGUGUGUGUGUGUGAAGCAGCUGCAGAGGAAGCACAGAUUCAUUUUAUCUGUGUCAAGGCCUGCAGGAGAUUGAAUCGGUGGUGUAAACUGGACGUUGACAUUUGGUCUAUUUAAAGGUGUGUGUGUUCGUGCGAAUGUGUGUGUGUGCUGGUGUGAAGCUAAAGGCCUAACACUCGGACUGACUCUGGAUAAUGAGUGUUGCUGAGAGCUGAGAGUGGGAUCAGACCAGAGUUUUUACUGGGAUAAUGGGGACAGAUAAUAAAGAUAAAACAGGUUAGCAGGUCUGAUCAUAAGGCAGAAAAACUAAAGCAGGAUGAUCAGGACUGGUAAUGAGGGUAGUACCAGAUUAAUGAAUGAUUUCUCAUGCACCAGCACAUAUGUAUUUUGAGGGUUAUGAAUAUUUUGAGGGUAGCUUGGCUGAUCAUCAUCUUUCUUUCUUUCUUUCUUUCUUUCUUUCUUUCUUUCUUUCUUUCUUUUUUUCUUUCUUUCUUUCACUUUACAAAAAACAACCAAAAUACAACAUCAAAGCUGAAUAAUACAUAUGUACACUAAUCAACUGUCAAAAAAUAAAUUAACACAAACAUAUAUAUGCCAACAGCCAAUAAUGAAUGAAAAAUAAUACAACUGUACAUAUAACAUAUCUAUCUAUCUAUCUAUCUAUCUAUCUAUCUAUCUAUCUAUAGAUAUAGAUAAAGAUAUAUAGAUAGAGAGAGAAAUCUAGAUAGAUAGAUAAAUAGAUGUCAUAUAAUAUAUAUACAUACAAUUUUAUAUUUAAUUUUACACUUCUGUUUGCUUCUGUUUCUUUGAGUACAUUAAAUUAAGCUGAUAUUAAAAGUUAUACAAUCAUGUCGUUUUUAAGUGUGUCUGACUUUAACCUGACUGUGUAUCCUCAGCCUAUCGACCAUUGGCAUCAUGGGAAAAAAGAGUCGGGUGAAGACUCAGAAAUCCGGUUCAGGAGGAGCCAGCGCGGUGACUUCACCUAAAGAGAUGCUGAACCUGAUCUCUGAGCUGCUGCAGAGUAUGUACACCUUUACCUGAACCUACUAGGGGUGUGACAAUUCAGUCACUGCACUAAUACAUCGAUUCCGUAUACAGUAUAAACAACUGUGUGAUUCUGUAGUAUAAUAGAACAGAUGUUUAUGGUCAUUUGCUGAGGUACGUUGGAAUAUCUGUUUGAUACCACUAAAGUCAGCCUUAUAAAUAAAAAACAAAAAAAGGUAUUUAAAAAGAAUUAAUGUCAUAAUAGAAUAAAUAAAACUGUAUUUACAGAGGGCAGAGAGUACCGGAAAUGUACACUUUCCUAAAUAUAAGAUAAAAAAGGAUACAGGAGUCGAGGAUAUUAAGAGGACACAUGUGCUUACAAAGGGACACCAAACAGUUCAAAGGUCACCUGCUCUUGUCAUGAAAUCUUCACAGUUGUUCACCUGACAUCUGUUACAGCUGUUAUUGAUCAUGGUGCUAUUGUGUUGUUUUGCUAAUUGUUACUAUUGCACAGUGUUAUUGGUGGACAGGAUCAUUGCACAAUAUUAUUAUUAUUGCGUGUGGUUAUUUUGCACAUUGCAAUUGCACUGGUCCAUUAAGAUUAAGUAUUUCCUUCCUGUCCUGUGAUAUUAUGAUCAUAUGAUGUGUAGUCAUUUGUAAUUGUCUUGCAAAGCAUCAUAUUGAUGAGACUGGCUUACAUGGGAAUUAACAGGAGCUAUUAUGAAUAUCAUCAGACUGUUCAUAUCUUGAUUGGUUAACUUCGCCACUGAGUGGACUGUCUAAUUAGUGAGGACGGUUUACUGGAAUUCAACUCGCCCACAGGUCUCUGCAUAAUAUAAAUGAAAUAUUCACAUCUGGAUUUUCAUUCAAAAGAGUCUUUACUUUACACAACUCACUUUAUUACUGUGUCUAGACCGGUGUGUGUUUCCUUUUUACCUUGACAUAUUUCCGCAGCAGCCUUCCUCAGAGAGUCAAGUGGUGUUGUCAUGAAUAGGACUGUCAGCUGACCAAAAAGGAACCGCUCUUGUUUAUUAAAAGAAAGAAAUGUUGCUGCAUUAAUGAUCAGGUAUGUGCUCAAGUGAAAUAAAAAUCAAGUACUCUAGGUGUUAACGGCCAGCACUUGUUUCCCAGAAUGCAGCAGUGCAGCGCCCUCUGCAGGUAAAGAGUGGGAGGAGUAUGUCCAUAUCAGGGGACUGGUGGAGAAGAUUCGUAAAAAACAGAAAGGUGAGAAAUCUCAGAUAACAUAACAUUAUUAAAACUAACAUAGACAUAGAAGUAUUAACAUAAUAACAAAUGGACAGUGAUAUAAAAUAAACACUGACUGCUGUUAAAACCCCAAUAUCUAUACAAGUCAAGAGGAUGUGCCAAAUGUUCAAUACUAAAGUUGGAUGAUGUGCAAAAAGUACUGUCUGUUUUUUUUUUUUUUUUAAACAUUGUUAUCAGUUCAAACCCUCUAGAAACAUGAUUAUUGUCAUUAUUGUUAACAUAAUUAGCAUUGUUAUUGUGAUUAUUAUUUAAUUUGUAUCAUUUUUAUGUGUGAAGGUCUGUCAGUGGUGUUUGAGGGCAGCAGAGAGGACCAUUUCUCUGCUCUGAUGGCUUGGGCUCAGGAGAGCGGGGCGUCCUCUGAGGGCUUCUGUGUGUCUGACUUUGGAUCAGAGGGAUUUGGACUAAAAGCCACCAGAGACAUAAAGGUAAGACCUCAAGGUCUAAUCAGGACUAAUCAGUUUGGUUACUGUUGAUCAGCAUUACUGUUGUGACCCCAAGUUAAGAGCAGAAUCAUCGUGUUUUUAUAUGGCUGUUUAUGAUACUGAAUCAAUACCACUGUGUGUGUGUGUGUGUGUGUGUGUGUGUGUGUGUGUGUGUGUGUGUGUGUGUGUGUGUGUGUGUGUGUGUGUGUGUGUGUGUGUGUGUGUGUGUGUACGCGCAUUCGUGCGUGUGUGCGUUCAGGCAGAUGAGCUGUUUCUGUGGGUUCCCAGGAAAAUGCUGAUGACAGUGGAGUCGGCUCAGAAGUCCAUUUUGGGUAAUCAAAUUUUAAUAAACAUGAAAAAACAAACAGGAAGAGACCUAGAACACAGAGCGUUCCGUUUUCACCCAUAAUCCCGUUUAUAUCUCAUUCCUAAGUAUUUGUUAUUUUUUAAUUGUACUCAAAGUUUUAGACUCCAUUCCUUAAUGAUGAACAUGUGUUUGAAGAGAUUACUUUCAUCAGCACAGCAGCUCUCUCUCUCCACCUGUAGGUGCUGAGCAGGCAAUAGAGGGGUCAUUUUAUUCUGCAGAGCUACAGUAGAGCAGAAAGGAUGAAUAAUAAAAGAGAUUUUAAGAAAUUACACAGAGGAGGAUACAAGGUAAGAUUGUUUUUAUAAAAUAGAUAAAGAAGACAAAAAAAAGGAUCAGAGGAAAAGUGGAGGACAGAAAAGUUUUCUGGGUGAGACCACCAGACCCUCCCAAUGUUGCAAACUAUCAGACAGCAUUAAUUCAACAGUUCAGCGCCCUUAAAGGGAUAUUCCGGAGUAAAAUGAAAUUAUUGUCUGCACUUGGUGAUCGACUCGUCAGAGCUCCCCCCACAAACAAGCGGCUGCUGGAAGAAAAUGGGUGAGUUGUGUUUAGUUUCUUUGCUAAAGAAAAUUAAGCAAAGUUAAAAAGAUGUUUGAUGGCUAGUACUAUGGCUGGGACCCUGUAUGUACUGUUGAUGAAGUUAGGUGCUGUUCUGAGCGUUAUUUGUGGCUAUAGAGUGGCUUUUUGGUUGAGGUUUGCACGUGGAGCCAUAGACUGCUGUGUAUUGCUAUUGUGCGGUCGUUACUAAAGUUGUUUUAACUAGAGAAACAAGCGGUCGGCAACAUUCAUCUCUCGAAGGGGUGUGUUACUCGGUAUGUUUGACCAUAACUUAAAUUUACGCCGGAAUAUCCCUUUUAACCAAUGGAGCUUUCCUAAAAACAAAAAUAUUUUGUAAUUAAUCUAAAUAUCAUGAAUCCCACCACCUCAAAACUCACUUAAUCCAAUGAUGCUUGAUUAUUUCCUGCUCCCUCUCUCACCCUUGUUUCUCACUCUCUCCUCAGGUCCUUUGUACAGUCAGGAUAGGAUCCUUCAAGCAAUGGGUAACGUGACGUUGGCGUUCCACCUGCUGUGUGAGCGCUCAGACCCCUCUUCGCCAUGGCUGGCGUACAUCCGCAGUCUUCCUCAGGACUACGAAACACCGCUCUACUUCCAGCAGGAGGAGGUUCAGCUGCUGCUGGGAACACAGGCCAUACAGGACAUCUUGAGCCAGUACAAGAACACUGCCAGACAGUACGCUUACUUCUAUAAACUACUGCAGGUACAGAUACACCGUACACGCACACACACAGACACACACACACCUUCAUACCUGAACCUGCUGUAAAACAGGCAGGAAUUAAAAUAAGCGAGGACACACACUCAGACAAACGGAACACUUAUAACCUCUGCAGUUCAUUGGUUAAUUUAUCAAUAAUACAGGUUUGAAUACGAUAAACAUCAAAGACUGCAAAUUCCGUAGUUUUUUUUUUUUUUUUUUUUUUUUUAAAUUAAAGCCUGCUUUUAAAGGAAUAUUUCAGUGUCUUUGACGCAGGGUUGUAUGAGUAUGACAGGCAACAGUCAACCAGCCCUGUAACAACAUGAGAGCCUAUACUGCUUAGUGCUUUGUCAUUGCUUGGAAUCUGUUUUCUUAACUUUUCACUAGAGGUGGGUGCAAUUCAUGAUUUGUCGAUGCAUCGCGACGCUUCAAGUGACGAUUUGGAAUCGAUUAAUUAACGUCGAUGCCUUAAAUAAAUAAAUCAUAAUGUCAAUGCUUUGCCACAAGUCUGGAACAAAAAGACACAGAAUCAGAACCUUAACGCACGUGCUGCCCGGGCUGUUUAGUAAUUGGGACAUCAACAAACAGAGCACAUUAGUUUCUUUGCAAAACCGCAACAGCUUCAGCAGCCUCCAAAGAGCAGCCGAUUCUCUCGCCACCGGGGUUGACUGCAACCGUGUAGAAGUACUUUGGAUUUUAUGAGAGAGCAAAAAGACAACUUGCAAGACCUACAUGAUUUCCAAGAUUCCAUCCGGGAGACUGUCUUCAAACUUCCCAGUUUAAGUUAAGUAGGUCAUAGCGCAAAUGUUUACACAACAGUCAUACAGUCAUAAAAUAAAAUAUUGUCUUUAAAAAAUACAAGUCAAAUGUUCAAAAAACCUUAUUUACUUAUUGAGUGUAGUUUUAGAGGAACUGAGUUAAUUAUCUGUUUAUUAAGUGGAAAUGCUGACACAGCAUUUCCACUUAUUGUUAUUCUCCUAUUUCUUUAUUAAAUGGAAAUGCUGCACAUGCAUGGGCUCGGCCGCGUGCGCGGGCACGCACACUGUUUCCAUGUGUGCAUUACUGUCUUUCUGUCAGUAGAAAAUACACCCCCAAUAUUAACUUUGUUGUUACAGUUCUUGUCUUUAACUCUUUUAGCAUACUACUUCUUUCCCUUCCCUUCAGCUUUUCUUUACUUUCUACAUUUCUACAAUUUAUUUAACUUCAGCUGUUUCAUACUUUCUACGUUCGUAUGUAGGGCAAUAACUGAAGCACAGCAAUAGAUGGUGCUGUUCUGCAUUCUCGAGUUACUAUGGUUGGAUUCUGCAGACUGCAAAAAUCUGUUUUACUAUUUGUACAUUUAAUUGGAACAUUGUUACACAUUAUUUUAAGGCAUUUGUUUUUCAAAUUCAAUUAUCCUUAUUAUCAGUUCUGUAUAUUCACAUCAAUCAUAUACGUUUUUCACUUAGGCUAUUAGACAAUUUGUACAUUCAUCCAACUAAUUUACCUUCAGCUAUACUACAAUUCUUCCAUUCAUACAAUUUCUUCUUCUUCUACUCCACCUUUUCAACAGUUUUUCCAUUCAUACCUUCCUCCAUUUUUUAUUGGCAGUUUAGCAUUGCUUUUUCGGCUUUCAGCACUCAGCAUUUCCAUGCAUUUUCUGCAAGGAAAUGCAAUUUUUCUAGUUUACAAAUGUAGCCACAGAUGAAGACAAAAUCAAUCUUGUAUGGAAAAAAUUCUAGCUUGCCAAAAGUGACUCGGGCGCCCUGAGAGUGGCAGCAAGUCACAGCAGCUCCUCGCAGACUUCACGUUUUUGCGUUCUUAUUGUUGUUUUUUUGCACCUUUUUAUCUUUCUUUUCAUUCAGCAGUGUUGUGUCUGCAUAUUCCAGCCAUGGAUGUGCAGUUCAUGACUCUAGCACUUUGUUUUCUUUUAUUUUUCGGAGUUUUUAAGUCCGCGACCGGCGACCCAUUCAGCGGCCGCAUUGUUUACAGCCGUGAACAGCUGUUGGAGCUGCGCCAAGCCCGGCCACCUUCGUGGGAGAGACCGGACAUCCCCGCUAAGCUCUGCAGGAGAAGGAGAGGAUGCAGGGCUGGAGUUCAGCAUCGGGCAAAGCGGAGACGUUACAAACCAACUGUCCCGUCCAUCAUCAUGGGAAACGUGAGGUCUCUCCCCAACAAGAUGGAAGAGCUCACAGCGCUAACUCGGCUGCAGUGGGAGUAUAGGGAAUGUAGCCUCAUGAUGUUCACGGAGUCAUGGCUGAACGAACUCACUCCGGACCCGCUCGUAACUUUGGACGGAUUUCACCUCGUCAGAGCGGACCGGAGCGUGAGGGAGAGUGGUAAGAAGAAAGGAGGCGGGAUAGCGGUGUAUGUGAAUGAGAGAUGGUGUAAUGCUGGGCACGUCAGUGUUAAAGAGCAGCUCUGCUCUAAGGACAUUGAGCUGCUGGCUGUGAGUUUGCGGCCAUAUUACCUGCCGAGGGAGUUUUCGCACGUCAUCGCGUUAACUGUUUACAUCCCCCCCUCGGCUGAUGCUGCUGCAGCCUGUGAACUCCUCCAUAAUGAAGUGUCCAAGCUACAGACAUCACACCCUCAGUCUCUGAUCAUCAUCUCUGGAGACUUUAAUCAUGCAUCGCUGUCCUCCACCCUCCCUACCUUCGGCCAGUAUGUAAACUGCCCAACAAGAGACAAUAAAACUUUGGACUUACUGUAUGCAAACACCAAGGAUGCAUACACCUCCUCCCCCCUCCCCCCGCUGGGCCGCUCAGAUCACAACCUGGUGAGACUGCAGCCCAUUUACAUACCUAUGGUGAAGAAACAACCCCCCACCAUCAGGUAUGUUAAGAGGUGGUCUGAGGAGGCCACUGAGGCGCUGCAGGACUGUUUUGAGACCACAGACUGGGAUGUACUGUGCGGCCCACAUGGUGAUGACAUUGACACCAUGACUGACUGCAUCACGGACUAUAUUAACUUCUGUGUUGAGAACACCGUACCCACCAGGAAAGUACGGUGUUUCUCCAACAGCAAACCCUGGGUGACCCCGGAACUGAAAGUCCUCCUGAAGGAGAAGAGGAGGGUCUUUAAAUCUGGGGACAAGGAGGAGCUGAGGAGGGUGCAGAAGGAGUUGAAGAAGAAGAUCAGAGAGGGAAAGGCCAGCUACAAGACCAAGAUGGAAAACCUUUUGCAACAGAACAACGCAAGGGAGGUCUGGAGAGGCCUAAAAUCCAUCUCAGGUCAUAGCAGGGGCCAUGAGAGGGGACCUGAAGCAGGAGACAGGGAGUGGGCCAACGAGCUGAAUCUGUUCUUUAAUAGAUUUGACUCUGCUCCCACUCCUCCCCCGACUCAUCUAACCAACGACCCGUCUGCUGCUCCUUCUUCUUCUUCACACCACCUCAGUCCCAUGGCACCGACACCAUCAACCCCCCUCCACUCAUCCCCCACCACCCCCUCCAGCACCACCCCCAGCCUCUCCAUAACAGCUGACCAGGUGAGAAGUGAGCUGAGGAAGAUGAAGCCAAGGAAAGCCACGGGUCCUGAUGGCAUCAGCCCCAGACUCCUGAAAGACUGUGCAGACCAGCUCUGUGAGGUGCUACUGCACAUCUUCAGCUUGAGCCUGAGUCUGGAGAGGGUCCCAACACUGUGGAAGACUUCCUGCGUGAUUCCUGUCCCCAAGACAGCGCACCCCAGGGAGCCCAACCACUUCAGACCUGUGGCCCUCACUUCUCACCUGAUGAAGACUCUGGAGAGGAUCGUGCUGAGGAACCUCCGCCCCCUGGUGAGCUCUCAUCUGGAUCCUCUGCAGUUUGCGUACCAGCCAAACAUCGGGGUGGAUGACGCAGUCAUCUACCUGCUGCAGAAGUCCAUGGCUCACUUGGAGAACACCGGCAGCACUGUGAGGGUCAUGUUUUUUGACUUCUCCAGUGCGUUCAACACCAUCCAGCCUUCACUGCUCAGGGGGAAGCUCGAGCGGGCGGGAGUGGACUGUCACCUAGCCGCAUGGACCGAGGACUACCUCACCGACAGACCACAGUUUGUGAGGCUUCAGAACUGUGUAUCGGACAUGGUGGUCUGCAGCACGGGGCUCCACAGGGGACAGUGCUCUCCCCCUUCCUCUUCACCCUGUACACCUCUGACUUCAGCUACAACUCUGGGAGCUGUCACCUCCAGAAGUUCUCUGAUGACACAGCCAUCAUCGGAUGUGUAUCGUCAGGGGAUGAGCGGAAAUACAGGACUGUCAUCACUGACUUUGUCAACUGGUGUGGCACAAACCACCUCCAGCUCAACGCCAGUAAGACAAAGGAGAUGGUCGUGGAUUUCCGCAGGAGGGGGACACCUCAAACAGUUCCAGUGAACAUACAGGGUCUGGACAUCGAGAUGGUGGAGUCCUACAGAUUCCUGGGUGUCCACCUCAACAACAAACUGGACUGGUCAACAAACACAGACAUUCUGUACAAGAAGGGCCAAAGUCGUCUCCACCUGCUGAGGAGACUGAGGUCCUUUGGAGUGUGCAGGACUCUGCUCAGGACUUUCUAUGACUCUGUGGUAGCAUCUGCACUUUUCUAUGCAGUGGUCUGCUGGGGGGCAGGGAGCACUGAGAGGGACAGGAAGAGACUGAAUAGACUGGUCAGGAGGGCCGGUUCUGUCCUGGACUGCUCUUUGGACUCCCUGGAGGAGGUGGGUGAGAGGAGGAUGUUAACAAAGCUUGUAUCCAUCAUGGACAAGCCCUCUCACCCACUGCACCAGACUGUGGGGGCUUUAGGCAGCUCCUUCAGCAGCAGACUGAGACUCCCACCCUGCAGGACGGAGCGCUACCGCAGAUCAUUUCUCCCCUCUGCAAUAAGACUUUACAAUGAACAGUAACAAAACUGAUUUUACACCACCACUUUUUUAUGGCAUUUAAAUUGUGUAUAUUGUAGAAAGCUUUAUUUUUUCUUCUCCCUUUUCUAAUUUUUUUCUUAAUUAUUACAUUUAUUUAAGUUCUUAAUAUUAGGACCCUUAUUGUUAUAACUGCAUUUUUGCACUUUUUGGCUUGUCUGUGAUGCUGCUGUGACAAAAAAAUUUCCCCCAUGGGGGAUCAAUAAAGGAAUAUUCUAUUCUAUUCUAUUCUAAAAAAGCAUUAAAAAUUGCAAUAAGCGAAGAAUUGUGGCAACAAUAAUCGAAUCAAAUUGACAAUCAUUGUAAUAGAAGAAUCGAAGCUCCCAUAAUUGAAAUUGAAUCAAAUUGUGAGACACCCUUGCUGGAACACCCCUACUUUUCACUGUCUUCUUCACUCAGUUUCUUGUGUGUUUAACAUUCACUUGCUCCUGUGUACGAUUCAGUUCCUGUUUUGUCCACUAGGAGGCAAUGUUGUGACAGAAAUGAGCUGAUGUCAGGCAGAGAAAAGAAAUCAAUUUAGGAGGACCGUCAGUCAAAAACAUGUAAUUGUAUGAUUAAAAAGUCUUAUAAUGAUCUGUGGGUUUUAAUUUAUACCAGUCACAAUCUACAGUCUUUUUACCAUGAACAUACACACAAACACACACCUGGAUAUCAAAGACUGUCUGCUGUGUGUUGUCUUCCUCAGACUCAUCCUGCUGCCAGUAGAUUGCCUCUUAAGGACGGCUUCACCUUCGACGACUACAGGUAAGUGUGUGUGUGUGUAUGUGUGUGUGUGCAUGCGUGACUUCAUGAUGAAGGAAUUGAUGUAAAGUAGAGCAGGUAUAAAUGGCUCCAUAUCAGCAAGUGUAACACCCUGAUGUUUUUAUAAAUCAGCAUUUUUCUGCCUUUUUAAAUCAUUGUAACAUCUGUACAUCUUGGUUUCUGAUUGGCUGGUUGUGACUGGUUGGUUAAAAUAGGUGGGCAGUGUCCUCAGUGAUGACUCGUCAAAAUCAGAUCCCCACAGAGGACGGCAGCCGAGUCACUCUGGCACUGAUCCCCCUGUGGGACAUGUGCAACCACACCAAUGGACUGGUACACACGUGCACACACACACACACACACACACACACAGAGCAUCAAUAAUAAUGUGUAAAAAUAUAAACAGUAGAAAGUAUUAUCACAGAGGCUCUGAGCAAACGAUAAUAAGGAUACGUCAACAUAAAUGUGGGUUUAUUUUGACAGAUCACCACAGGAUAUAACCUGGAGGAUGAUCGCUGUGAGUGCGUUGCUCUGCAGGACUACAAGGAGAAUGAGCAGGUGAGAAAGGAGUGUCUGACACCUGCAGAGAGUGUGUUCUACACCUGUCUGUGAUUGAAAGGUUCACCUCUGUGUUCAUACCUGCCGGUCAGGACAGGAGAUCACCAUGAUGUUUUCUCUUCCUACAGAUCUACAUCUUUUAUGGGACAAGAUCGAAUGCAGAGUUUGUCAUCCAUAACGGCUUCUUCUUCCAGGAGAAUGCUCACGACAGGGUGAAGGUCAAACUUGGCGUCAGUAAGAGUGAGCGACUGUACGCCAUGAAGGCAGAGGUGCUGGCCAGAGCUGGGAUACCUGCGUAUGUAGUAAUAUAAUACAGAAUACACCCUUUGUUUUUAACCUGUUUUUUUAGCAUCACACUUUUCAGCUGUUUGGCUGUUCCUUUCACAACUUGUUAUAAACAUAUUCCCAACAUCAAAGUUAUUAUAUUUUACAUAAACAAAACCUCCGGGUGUCAGGUCAAGAGAAAAAAAAAGAGCCAGGUGCAAAUCCCAGGGUAUGGAUCUGUGCAUGAGGAUGAAAAAUACAUGUGUACAAAUCUGCGCAUGACUUUUUAUUUUUCUUGACCUUGUUCCUUGGCGCACUGCUGUGCAGUUUUAAAAUCCUCCCAAUAAACCAGCCGUCCCUAACCUCUCCACUCUCCAAACAAGUGUCAGGAUGAAGCUCGCCCACCAGGCCACUUAGCCACAACAUUGACCUUGUUUAUAUUAACAACCUUUUUUGUGAUUUGCUAUUCUGAUUAAUUUAAACAUGUUUGAUGACAUGUUGUGUGUUAAUAUGUGUGUGUGUGUGUUUCAGGUCUUGUAUCUUUGCUCUGCACUGUAAUGAACCUCCUAUCUCCGCUCAGCUCCUCGCCUUCCUUAGAGUCUUCUGCAUGACAGAGGGUGAGACACACACACACACACACACACCCUGAAAAUCUCCUCUGUCCUGGUGAUGUAAGUGUGGAUAUGAUGAAGAUGUGGAAGAGCAGGGAGUGUAAUUUCUUGUUUGGAGUCUCAGCCUGAGAGAGGCUGGACUUUGUGGAAUUAAUCUUCUGAUAAAUUUAUUGAUCUGAUUUAGAAAUACUGUAUGUAGAAAUAAGAAUAAGAGCUUUAAUCAGUCAGGAUGUAACACAGUAGUUUUUGAUAUGGUUCCACAUCUUUGAAACAUUAAACUGAACAUAGGGAUGCAGCAUAUACAAAACCCAUUUCCACUGAAGUUGGGAAAUUGUGAUAAAGGUAAAUAAAAACAGAAUACAAUGAUUUGCAAAUCCUUUUCAAACUAUAUUCAAUUGAAUACACUAUAAAGACAAGAUAUUUAAUGUUCAAACUCAUGAACUUAAUUUAUAUUUGCAAAUGAUAAUAAACUCAGAAUUUAAUGGCUGCAACAUGUGCCAAAGUAGUUGGGACAGGGGCAUGUUUACCACUGUGUUACAUCACCUUUCCUUUAACAACACGUUUGGGAACUGAGGAGACUAAUUGUAGAAGUUUUGAAGGUGGAAUUCUUUCCCAUUCUUGCUUGAUGCACAGCGUCAGUUGUUCAACAGUCCAGGGUCUCCGUUGUCGUAUUUUACGCCUCAUAAUGCGCCACAUAUUUUCAGUGGGAGACAGGUCUGGACUGCAGGCAGGACAGUCAAGUACCAGCACUCUUUUACUACGAAGCCACUCUGUUGUAACACGUGCAGAAUGUGGCUUAGCAUUGUCUUUCUGAAAUAAGCAGGGGCAUCCAUGAAAAAGACGUUGCUUGGAUGGCAGCAUAUGUCACUCCAAAACCUGUAUGUACCUUUCAGCAUUAAUGUUGCCUUCACAGAUGUGUAAGUUACCCAUGCCUUACACACUAAUUCACCCCUAUAUCAUCAUAGAUGCUGGCUUUUGAACUUUGCGUCGAUAACAGUCCGGAUGGUUCUUUUCCUCUUUGGCCUGGAGGACACGACGUCCGCUAUUUCCAAAAACAAUUUGAAAUGUGGACUCGUCAGACCACAGAACACUUUUCCACUUUGCAUCAGUUCAUCUUAGAUGAGCUCGGGCCCAGAGAAGUUUCUGGAUGUUGUUUAUAAAUGGCUUUCGGUUUGCAUAGUAGAGUUUUAACUUGCUCUUACAGAUGUGGCGCCGAACUGUAUUUACUGACAGUGGUUUUCUGAAGUGUUCCUGAGCCCAUGUGGUGAUAUCCUUUACAUACUGAUGUCAGUUUUUGAUACAGUGCUUCAUGAAGGAUCGAAGGUCACGGGCAUUCAAUGUUGGUUUCUGGCCGUGCUGCCUGCGUGCAGUAAUUUCUCCAAAUUCUCUGAACCUUUUGAUGAUAUUAUAGAUCGCAGAUGUGUAAACCCCUGAAUUCCUUGCAAUUGUACUAUGAGAAACGUUGUUCAUAAACUGUUCAACUAUUUGCUCACGCAGUUGUUCACAAAGUGGUGAACCUCGCCCAAUCCUUGCUUGUGAAUGACUGAGAAUUUUUGGGGAAGCUGCUUUUAUACCCAAUCAUGGCACCCACCUCUUCCCAAUUAGCCUGCUCACCUGUGAGAUGUUCCAAAUAGGUGUUUGAUGAGCAUUCCUCAUAUUUCUAAGUAUCUUUUGCCACCUUUCCCAACUUCUUUGUCACGUGUUGCUGGCAUGAAAUUCUAAAGUUAAUGAUUAUUUGCAAAAAAAAUAAAGUUCAUGCGUUUGAACAUUAAAUAUCUUGUCUUUAUAGUGUAUUCAAUUGAAUAUAGGUUAAAAAGGAUUUACAAAUAAUUGUAUUCUGUUUUUAUUUACGUUUAUCACAAUUUCCCAACUUCAAUGGAAUUGGGUUUUGUAGUAUAUCCUCUACUUUUCAAUGGAAGUGAGUCUUUCAAUACAAGUCAAAUAAAACUGCUGGUCCUGGUGUAGGUUUUUGGAUUACUUCAAUCUGACUGUAGCUUUAAAUCGACUUUCAGAGGAGUUGAAGGAGUACCUGAUGGGAGAUGGGGCUGCCAGUAAGAUCUUCACUCUGGGGAACAGUGAGUUCCCCGUCAGCUGGGAGAAUGAGAUCAAACUGUGGACGUUCCUGGAGACCAGAGCUGCUCUGCUGCUCAAAUCCUACAAGACCACCUCAGAGGUACCAAAGACACACGUGAACUAGAGUCAGGAUUGUAAACAAACCUAGACUAAAGUCAGGAUUUGAAACACUCCUGAACCAAAGUCAGGGCUUUAAACACACCUAGACCAAAGUCAGGAUUUGAAACACACCUGAACCAAAGUCAGGAUUUUUGACACACCUGAACCAAAGUCAGGAUUUGAAACACUCAUGAACCAAAGUCAGGGCUUUAAACACACCCGAACCAAUUUCAGGAUUCUUAACACACCUAAACCAAAGUCAGGAUUUUUGACACUCCUAGACAAAAGUCAGGAUUGUAAACACUCCUGAACCAAAGUCAGGAUUUUUGACACACCUAGACCAAAGUCAGGAUUUGAAACACAACUGAACCAAAGUCAGGAUUUGAAACACACCUGAACUAGCGUAAGGAUUGUAAACACACCUAGACCAAAGUCAGGAUUUGAAAAACCCCUGAACCAAAGUCAGGGCUUUAAACACACCUAUACCAAAGUCAGGAUUUGAAACACACCUGAACCAAAGUCAGGAUUUUUGACAGACCUGAACUAGAGUCAGGAUUUGAAACACUCCUGAACCAGUCAGGAUUUUUGACACUUCUAGACCAAAAUCAGGAUUUGAAACACUCCUGAACCAAAGUCAGGAUUUUUGACACACCUAGACCAAAGUCAGGAUUUGAAACACAACUGAACCAAAGUCAGGAUUUGAAACACACCUGAACUAGAGUGAGGAUUUGAAACACACCUAGACCAAAGUCAGGAUUUGAAACACUCCUGAACCAAAGUCAGGGCUUUAAACACACCUAGACCAAAGUCAGGAUUUGAAACACACCUGAACCAAAGUCAGGAUUUUUGACACACCUGAACUAGAGUCAGGAUUUGAAACUCACCUAGACCAAAGUCAGGAUUUGAAACACACCUAAACCAAAGUCAGGAUUUUAAACACACCUAGACCAAAGAUAGGAUUUUUAACACACCUGAACUAGAGUCAGGAUUUUAAUCAAAUCUAUACCAAAGUCAGGAUUUUAAACACACCUGAUCCAGAGUCAGUCAGGAUUUUAAACGCACCUGAAUCAGAGUCAGAAUUCUUAACACACCUGAACCAAAGUCAGGAUUUUAAACAUACCUGAACCAAAGUCAAGAUUGUGAACAAACCUGAACCAGGUUCCCAGGUGUUGAAGCAUGAACCAAAGGAGUCUGAUGUUAGUAGUUUUUAAGCCUUUAUUGUUUGAAUAUUCGGUUCCUGAAAUGUUAAACAUCCUUUCCCUUUCUUUUAGGAGGACCGCUCCCUGUUGGAAAAACCGGAUCUUUCUCUCCACUCCAGAAUGGCGAUCCAGCUGCGUUUGGCGGAGAAGCAGAUUCUGGAGAAGGCGUCUGUGAGUGGGCGAGCUAAACGUCUACACUUUGAGAAGAAGCUGCAGGAGGAUGCUCCUCUCCCUCGCUACGAGGAGAGCGACAUUGCUCUGCUGGAGAAUUCAGAGUCCAAGCUCCCCAUCAUCCUGCGUCAGCUGGAAGAGGAGGAGGGGCAGGAGGUGCCCGAGGAGGAGCAGAGCCUCCUUCUGAACGGGGGAAAGGAGGUGUUUGGGAUGAAGAUGAAGACUGACAGGGUGGAGGAGGAACAGAAGGAGGUGGGAGGAGACACAGAUCUUGACUCUAUGGAGAAGGGCCAGCGGGAGGCAGCAGAGCUUACAGCCAGUCGGACUGAAGACAAGAAGGAAUAACAGUUACCAUGGCAACAGUUUUUAUUUAUUAUUGUGUCCAAAAGACUCAGAAAUGUGAAAUCUGGACUUUAUCAACGAGCGGGACAGAGUAAACACAGGCAGAGAACAUCUAAGAUAAAAACAGGAUAACUUCACCACAGACACACCUGACAGGUUAUUAUAUGAUUUUACAGACAGACUGAGAGGUCAUGUGACUGACUCUGUGACUUAGUGUGGUCAUGUGACCGAGUGUGGUAUCAUGUGACUGAGUGUGGGAUGAUGUGACUUAGUAUCUUCUGUGUGUGUGUGUGUGUGUGUGUGUGUGUGUGUGUGUGUGUGUGUGUGUGUGUGUGUGUGUGUGUGUGUGUGUGUGUGUGUGUGUGUGUGUGUGUGUCAGUAAAGCUGAGCUCAGAUCUGUUCUUUCAGAGCUCUGGGUUUCACUGACUCUACCCUCAGUUGGGUGGAAGUCCUGUCAGACCUCUGUUUAAACAAAGAUGACCCUCUCAUCAGUCUGAGUGUGAACGGGUGGAGCGGUUGAGUGUCUGAUUCAGUAUGUUUGUAUGAGUGUAGACGGUUUAGUCUGAUAUUGAAGCCAUAUUCAGCACUGAGGAGGGAGAGGAGGCUAAAGAUGAGUAUGUUUGACCUUAAAUGAAAUAGGUUCAAUAGUUACACCUUUUUUAUAAACACUCACAUCAUUGAACGCAGCAUUGAGGGAAACUGUUAAAAUUGGACAUGAAUUUCUGAAAUAAAAACAUUAAACCUGACCUUCAAAACUGUGAGUGCUGGAAGAUUUAA